GUUGACACGCUGUUUUUUCCCCCACGCAGUCAUAGAGUGCUGCCUGCUACAGCUGCCCAGAUAAAUGUGGUUCCUGAACCUUUCGACUCAAACCUCGGACACUCUCACAUUGUCCACAGGGAUGCGGUCAAACACCACUUUGUCCUGAGCUCAAUACGUCACUUCCACCUGGUCGAAUCAUCGCAGCAGCAGAGAGGAGGAAAGGAGGAGGAUGAUGAUGAUGCAGCGCAUUCUUAAUACUGGGACACUAUGGCGGAUGGCGGCAGUGCGUCCGUUGCUGGUGGGCGCCACCCUCUCAGAGCCAGCAGUAGCUCUGUGCUGCUGCUCUCUCCGUGUCACACCACUGACACCCACAGGCUGGCGCUGGCUCUCAACCUCAGCCUCUAGCAGAGUAGCACAUCAGCCAAAACACCAGCCGCCACAGGAGGAGCCACAGUCCAGCUCCUCACCUCAGACACAGGAGGUCCAGAAAGAAGAGGCUCAGGCUGAAGAGGUGGACCCCCUGCAGGACAAGUCCAUCGGUCUGUUCCAGAGGUUUAAGAAGACUUUCAAACAGUAUGGGAAGGUGAUGAUCCCUUUACAUCUGGUGACAUCCUCUGUCUGGUUUGGAUCCUUCUAUUACGCUGCUAUGAAAGGAGUGAAUGUUGUGCCAUUCCUGGAGAUGAUCGGUCUACCAGAGUCAUUUGUCAGUCUUUUGAGAAACUCAUCCAGUGGCUACGCGCUGACCGCCUACGCCAUGUACAAGAUUGCCACCCCUGCUAGAUAUACAGUAACUCUGGGCGGCACAUCGCUAUCUGUCAAGUACCUUCGCAAACAUGGCUACUUAUCCACACCACCACCGGUGAAGGAAUACUUCCAGGACAAAAUGGAGGAGACAAAGGACAAAUUUACAGAAAAGAUGGAGGAGACAAAGGACAAAUUUACAGAAAAGAUGGAGGUGACCAAGGAGAGGCUGUCUGAGAAAAUGGAGGAAACGAAGGAACGUUUCUCUGAGAAAAUGGAAGAGACUAAGGACAAGCUGUCCGAGAAGCUGCAGGAAACCAAAGACAGAGUUUCUGAGGGAAAGGGAUUUUUUAAACAGAAAGACAAAUAGCCGAUCAGUUACCAGUGUAACCCCUGACCACAUUCUCUGAUCCUGACAAAUCAUUAGUGAAUUUGAAGCAAGGAGGCACACAUGAGACUGAGGGGGGAAAAGUGAGACGUUGCACUAACUUUGCUCUGACAUUUCACCUUCAUAAACCUUAGCUGUCAACUGUUGUCUGUUAUAAGUGUCACAUUCUGUCCCCGAUCGUUCAAACCCACCACGACUCAGUGUAAGAGUUGACGAGACAGCAGCUUAAUAAACUGUGACUCUGUUGGCUGUUUUUAAAGGGUAAUGGUAUAUAUACGUCAGGAAAAUGGGUCCGUGUAGUAACAGAUGUAUACAGUAUCAGUCUGUAUGAGAGAGCAGUGCUAAUGAAUCUGUGCGUUUGGAAAAUUAACCUUAAAGCUUGAAGUUAUGUACUUGUCCAUCACCUUGUGGCUUUUCUAACAUAAAGAGAAAGAAAUUGAUUGAAAUGUUUUUCUUUUUUUAACUUGUUUCUAUUUGAUAGUGAAAAGGUAAUAUAUGACAUUAUUCUGGAUUCUGUACCACUGUAUGUAGUGAUGGCAUGUCGUGUAUGAAAUAACAUGAGACGAUGCAAGUCACAGUGCAUGUCACAUAAACACGUGAGGAGCUGCCGGUCACUUAAACAUGUGGUGAAUUCAGUAUUGUACGUACAGCAGUAUGUAUGAACUGUAAAACAUGAGAAUAAAGUGUUGACAGUGUGUCACUCUA